UGGAAAGAUGGCGCCUCCCAGCCCUCGGGAUCCCCAAGCUUCGUCGGCGACCAGCGCGACAGAUUCCGACGGGGAGAUGGUGCUGCCCGGCUUCCCGGACGCAGACAGCUUCGUGAAGUUUGCUCUUAGCUCUGUGGUGGCGGUCACUAAGGCCUCUGGAGGCCUACCACAGUUUGGCGAUGAGUAUGACUUUUACCGAAGUUUUCCUGGCUUCCAGGCAUUUUGUGAAACACAGGGAGACAGGUUGCUCCAGUGCAUGAGUAGGGUAAUGCAGUACCAUGGGUGUCGUAGUAACAUUAAGGAUCGAAGUAAAGUGACUGAAUUGGAGGACAAAUUUGACUUACUAGUGGAUACCAAUGACGUGAUUCUGGAGAGAGUGGGUAUUUUGCUGGAUGAAGCAUCAGGCGUGAAUAAGCAUCAGCAGCCUGUCCUUCCUGCAGGCUUGCAAGUGCCUAAAACCAUAGUGUCCAGCUGGAACCGGAAGGCAGGAGAAUAUGGCAAAAAAACAAAAUCUGAAACGUUCCGACUGCUUCAUGCAAAAAACAUCAUCCGACCUCAGCUCAAGUUUCGAGAGAAAAUUGACAAUUCCAACACACCGUUUCUUCCUAAAAUUUUCAUCAAGCCUAAUGCUCAGAAGCCCCUCCCUCAGGCUCUCUCAAAAGAAAGGCGGGAACGGCCCCAGGAUCGUCCUGAGGACUUGGAUGUACCCCCAGCCCUGGCAGAUUUCAUCCAUCAGCAGCGAACCCAGCAAGUUGAGCAGGACAUGUUUGCACACCCUUAUCAGUAUGAACUGGACCACUUCACUCCACCAGACUCUGUGCUUCAGAAGCCACAGCCACAGUUAUAUAGACCUGUAGAAGAAACACCCUGCUGCUUUGUUUCCUCCCUGGACCAGCUCGUGGAGCUCAAUGAGAAGCUCCUAAAUUGUCAGGAAUUUGCCGUAGACUUGGAGCAUCACUCUUACCGGAGCUUCCUAGGACUGACCUGCCUGAUGCAAAUUUCCACCCGAACGGAGGACUUCAUCAUAGACACGCUGGAGCUCCGCAGUGACAUGUACAUUCUCAACGAAAGCCUCACGGACCCAGCUAUUGUGAAGGUCUUCCACGGUGCCGACUCUGACAUCGAGUGGCUGCAGAAAGACUUCGGGUUGUAUGUGGUGAACAUGUUCGACACUCACCAGGCAGCACGCCUUCUCAACCUAGGCCGACACUCACUUGAUCACCUGCUGCGGCUCUACUGUGGUGUGGAGGCCAACAAGCAGUACCAGCUAGCCGACUGGAGGAUCCGCCCCCUGCCAGAAGAAAUGCUCAACUAUGCCCGGGACGACACUCAUUACCUGCUUUACAUUUACGACAAAAUGAGGCUGGAACUGUGGGAGCGAGGCAACGACCAGCCCACCCAGCUGCAAAUGGUGUGGCAGCGGAGCAGGGACCUGUGCCUUAAGAAAUUUGUCAAACCCCUCUUCACGGAUGAGUCCUACCUUGAGCUAUAUCGGAAGCAGAAGAAGCAUCUGAACUCGCAGCAGUUGGCCGCCUUUCAGCUGCUGUUUUCCUGGAGGGACAAAACUGCUCGUAGGGAGGAUGAGAGCUACGGAUAUGUAUUGCCAAACCAUAUGAUGCUAAAGAUAGCUGAAGAACUGCCUAAGGAACCUCAGGGCAUCAUAGCUUGCUGCAACCCAGUUCCACCCCUUGUCCGACAGCAGAUCAAUGAGAUGCAUCUCUUAGUCCAGCAGGCGCGGGAGAUGCCCCUGCUCAAGUCUGAAGCCGCAGCUGGGAUGAAGAAGAGUGGAGCACUGCCCAGUGCUGAGAGAUUGGAGAAUGUUCUUUUUGGACCUCAUGACUGCUCCCAUGCCCCCCCAGAAAACUACCUGGUCCCCCCGUGUGGCGGUUCUGAACCGGCUCAGAAAGAGGCGAGCCUCUUUGCCGAGGAGACCUUGCUGGACACCAAAUGCCUCCUUGCUACAGCCGUGAUCUCCUUGUUCAGUGAACCUAGUGCUGAGGAAAAUGGAAAGACUCCAUUGACAGUUGCCCAGAAAAAGGCACAGAACAUAAUGGAAUCCUUUGAAAACCCGUUUAGGAUGUUCCUGCCAUCACUGGAACACCGGGCCCACAUCUCCCAGACCGCCAAGUUUGACCCAUCCUCAAAAAUCUAUGAAAUCAGCAACCGUUGGAAGCUUGCCAAGCAGGCCCAGGUCCGAAAAGAAUCUAAAGACACUGCCAAGAAGAAGGCAGCUGAGCAGACAGCGGCCCAGGAACAGGCGAAAGAAGAGUACAGAGCCACAGCAGAGCAGGCCAUCUCUGUGCGACAGCAGACUGUGCUGGAAAACGCUAAGAAGAGGGAGAGAACCACUGGUGACACCAGGACCACAGAGCAGAGACAGGAGAAGAAACGACUCAAAACCGCCAAGAAGCUCAAGGGCCCAGACCCAGCACCCAGCACCUUCACUCCCUACGACUACAGCCAGUCGGACUUCAAGGCUUUUGCUGGAGACAGCAAAUGCAAGCCUUCCUCCCAGUUUGACCCAAACAAGCCCGCAGGGUCUGGCAAGAAAUGUAUUGCAGCCAAGAAAGUUAAGCAAUCAAUGGGAAACAAAAGCAUGUCCUUUCCAACUGGAAAAUCAGACAGAGGCUUCCGGUACAACUGGCCAAAGAGAUAGUGACGGAGGAGCCCCGAGCCCCAGGACAGCUCUGCCCACCGCUGCCAUUUUGUACAGACUUGUUUUUAAACCAGUAAAACUAAUUCCUA